CCGGUGGCGGUGCCGGCGCGGGGGGAUGCGAACAUGGCCAUGGCCCAGGCGGGGGCCGCGGCCGCGGCGGCCUCGGCGCUCCUCGUGUUCCUGCUCUACUCCGCCAUCCACAGGGUCGAGGAGGGACACCUGGCCGUGUACUACAGGGGCGGUGCAUUGUUAACCAGCCCGAGCGGACCCGGCUACCACAUCAUGCUCCCCUUCAUCACCACCUUCAAAUCCGUGCAGACCACGUUGCAGACUGAUGAAGUGAAAAAUGUGCCUUGUGGGACAAGUGGGGGUGUUAUGAUCUACAUUGACCGAAUCGAAGUUGUGAACAAGCUGGCCCCACAUGCAGUGUACGACAUCGUGAGGAACUACACUGCAGACUACGACAAGACCUUGAUCUUCAACAAAAUCCAUCACGAGCUGAACCAGUUCUGCAGUGCCCACACCCUGCAGGAGGUGUACAUCGAGCUCUUUGAUCAGAUAGAUGAGAACUUGAAGUUGGCCCUGCAGAAAGACCUCAAUGUCAUGGCACCAGGUCUCACUAUCCAGGCUGUGCGUGUUACAAAACCCAAAAUUCCAGAGGCCAUCCGAAGAAAUUUUGAGCUGAUGGAGGCUGAGAAGACCAAGCUGCUGAUUGCAGCCCAGAGGCAGAAGGUGGUGGAGAAGGAGGCAGAGACAGACCGGAAGAAAGCCAUCAUUGAGGCAGAGAAGGCUGCACAGGUGGCCAGGAUUCACUACCAACAGAAGAUUAUGGAGAAGGAAACAGAGAAGCGGAUUUCUGAGAUUGAGGAUGCUGCAUUCCUGGCAAGAGAGAAGGCCAAAGCUGAUGCUGAGUACUACACUGCUCGGAAGCUGGCUGAUGCCAACAAGCUGAAGCUGACCCCCGAGUACCUGGAGCUGAUGAAGUACCAGGCCAUAGCCGCCAACAGCAAGCUGUACUUCGGUGACCGCAUCCCCGGCGUGCUCCUGGAGUCCUGUGCCUUCCAGCAGGCCAGCCCGAGGACUGCCCACCAACCAGCCUUCCUGCACAGGAGGCCCCGGAGACCUCUGGAGAAAGCCAGCUCAGAGGCAAGGAAAGCACUGGCUGAGGAGGGAGGAGGAAUCCCGGUGUGGCUCAGCAGCAAAGCCCGGCUGUGGUCGGGGACGUGGCCCUGGGCUGGUGGGGCGGACGCAGCACACGCCUGGACAUCUUGUGUAUAGGUGGCAGUUGGGUUGAUUUUCUUCUAGCAACAGAUUGCAAGGGCUCUGCCUCUUCCGUUUCUUCCCCUGUUAAAUUGGUGCUUCCAAAGGAGGGAUAAUCCUGUACUAACAUACCUAUACUGGAAUAUUAAAAGACAGACGCCGGGAAAGGCUUCCGGAGUAGGUGCAGUUAUUUAGCAGGCAUUGCUCUGGAGGCAGGAGAUGUGGCUUUGAGUGCUGUGUUGCUGCACCCUGGUCGUUCCCAGUGCUCCUGGCUGAGGCCGAGCGAAGAGGAGGUUUCCUUCGUCCUGCCCAUGAAGCUUCACUUGGUGGACUCCAGGCAGGUUCCUACCGUUGCUCUCUCUCUCUCUCUCCUCAAGGACUCCCAUGGAGUGGGCUCUCCUUGGCCAGCGUGUUCCUGCUCAGGGCAAGGAGUGGUUUGGUGUGGAAUAGGUUACUGGAAUAGGAUCUGCAUAGCCAUGAUGCUCCUGUAGACAGCAGCACUAGGUAACGACUCGGAGCAGGCGAUCUCUGAUAGGAUUCUGCAACUCCCCUCUCCAAGCAAGAGCCUUGCACUGGCUGCCUGGGACUGACUGUAGGGUGUUUCAGCUGCGUGGCUGGGGCUCACCUUGCAUCCUAAACCAGAUUUCAGGAGCACCUCGGAGCAGCUGGUUGGGAGCAGAGCUUGGGAAAUCUCUGCUCAGAUCCCAACUUGUGAAAUCUCUGCUCAGAUCCCAACUUGUGAAAUCUCUGCUCAGAUCCCAACUUGUGAAAUCUCUACUCAGAUCCCAGCCUUCCUCUAGGUCAGCAGGGGAAGGGGGCUGAACUUCCACUGCUCUGCCAUGGUGGCAAGGUAAAGGGGAAGAGAAGAGUGAAGGGACCCUGCGGAGCAGCAGAUCAGAUGUUUGACACCUCAGCUGCAAAGUAGGUGAGUCAUCACUGCUCCCCCGUGCAAAAUCCACUGCUCCAAGAAGUGGGACCUGCCUCGUGUGUCCUUGAACAGCCGUGGUGAGAGCGUGUCCCUGGGCCUCUCAGGUUUGCUGCUGUGCAGGACUUCAGGCUGCUCCCGAGCAGUGCUGGCAGCAGGAUCUGCUGUGGUGGCCCUCCAGGCACUCUGCCUGUUGAGAUCCUGUGUCCCUGGCACCAUCUGCAGCCUCGUGGCAACGGGAGGGACGUGUUCAGCUUUUGCCACGGUGAAACAUUCAACCCAAAACAAGAGGCUUGAGCUUUACCUGUGCUGAUGAUGUCCCCAGACGAGUUGUGUGGGCUUCAGGCUUUGCAGUGCUGUGUUCCCACCACACGUGGCUCAGCUUGGAGGGUGGCAGUGUCUCCUCGAGGAAAUUUGGUAACACAUGGUGCCUUGUGCUGUCCCAGCUCCUGCCCUGGCUCCCUGUCCCCCAUGUCUGGGGCACAGCAGGGAUGUGUUGGCCCUACCCCUUCUGAAGGGUAAGACAUGACUGUGGGACUUGGCAGCAGUUUCAGGGGGUCUGUCUGUCCUCUAUCUGGCUGCAAACUCCCAAGGCCCAGUUGAUGCUCUGCUCCAGAAUACCAGCUCCUCUUCCUACCCAGCCAUGGCAGGAGCCAGGGACCCGGGGCACCAGUGUGGAGAGGAAGCAGCAGUGUAAUUUGUAGCUGUGGUGUUUGAAAUGUCUGCUGGAAGUGCUGUUUGACUUGCAGGGUCCCCUUUCUCCCGUGGGAAGGGCUUUGAGGAGGCAGUGGAGUCACAUCUUUGAGCUGCCACCUCUUCAGUGGUGCAGCAGGCCCUUGGCAUGGGGGCACAGCCUCUCCUCACCCCGGCAGCACCCACUUCGCUUGGAUUUUGGGAUGAGGGCAGACUUUACAGAGCAGAAGCACUGCUGGAGGGGAUGCUGGUAGGGAUGUAGGCUUGCUCUCCAUGUGUUACUGGGGUUGGACACUCUGAGCAUGAGGAAUGGGUGGACAGGGUAGGUUCUGUCAGCCUGGAGGUGACAGGGGCACGAGGGGAGCUGCUGGGAGUGAUAACCAGGCAGCUCACAGCUCUCCUACAGUGACCAGAGCAAGGUGCCCAUGCAGGGAGCAGGAAAACCUUCCAGGCCAGUGCAGGAAGGGCUGGCUUCCCUCUGGACUUGAGCCUUGCUGGGUCUCCCUGCACUAUCCAGAUGGGUACAUGGCCUUACCCUGAGUGGCUGUCACUGGCUCAGUGUCACUCUGCUCUGGCUGGGUGACAUCAGCCUGGUCUGAGGGACCCUGGGGGAUGCUCCCGUAGUCCCAGGUCCUGCAGCAGCCUGUGUGAUGCUCGGUGCCUUCUGCAAAAGCCUCCUCCUUCCUUCCCUCCCUGCUUGCCCAGCCGCUGCUACAGAGGCCCCAGUAGGUGUGCAGGGGGGGAUUGCCAUGGCUUUAGCACCCCAGGGUGGGCUGUGCUUCCCUCUGAGCCCCAGGUGUGAGCAGGGAAUGGGACUGUGGGUUAGAACUGGCUUUUCUCUCCAUUCCAAGGGCCUGUGUGGGCCUGUGACUAAAGGGGUCUGCCCCUGGAUCCACAUCUCCUUUAGGAAACACGAUACAUAUGGUCAGGUUUACAUUCACGGUGUUGAGUUCUUUUGAUAAAGCAGAAUAAAAUUAUUUUGUUACCAUU